AUGGCGCAGUGCAUAGACGGUUUCAAGCAUCUGUGCUCUUCUGUUUUAGGGUGUUUUGAUCUCGAUUUAUACAAAAACCCUGGAGGCAUUGGAGACCCUGAGUUGCUUGCUAGAGACACAGUUUUUAGUGUGAGUGAAAUAGAAGCUCUUUAUGAGCUGUUUAAGAAAAUCAGCAGUGCCGUGAUUGAUGAUGGGCUUAUAAACAAGGAAGAGUUUCAGUUGGCUUUGUUUAAGACAAACAAGAAAGAAAGCUUGUUUGCAGAUCGGGUUUUCGAUUUGUUUGAUACAAAGCACAAUGGCAUACUAGGGUUCGAGGAGUUUGCUCGUGCUCUCUCCGUAUUUCACCCAAAUGCGCCUAUAGACGACAAAAUCCACUUUUCAUUUCAGCUGUAUGAUCUUAAGCAGCAAGGGUUUAUCGAACGAGAAGAGUUGAAGCAAAUGGUUGUUGCAACCCUUGCUGAAUCCGGAAUGAAUUUGAAGGAUACUGUCAUUGAGGAUAUCAUCGACAAGACGUUUGAGGAAGCAGACACAAAGCACGAUGGAAAGAUCGAUAAGGAAGAGUGGAGAACCCUUGUUCUUAGAAACCCUACUCUUCUCAAGAACAUGACUCUUCAGUAUCUCAGGGAUAUCACAACUACUUUUCCAAGCUUUGUGUUCCAUUCUCAAGUUGAAGAUACCUGA